GCGAAAAUUACAGUACUUAUCUCCCCUUAAAAAGAGAAGUCUUUAGCUUUGUGAGUGGAUUUGUGGAUAGCAUGUGCGGAGUUGUGACAUACGAAAAAUAACUGCGAUUUUGAGAAGAAGUCCCGUCUUACAAUGCCUGGAAGAAGGAAGAAGUUUAUUGACAAGCAGAAUGCGGUGACCUUUCACCUUGUACACAGAAGUCAGCGGGAUCCCCUGCAAGCUGAUGAUGAUGCCUCACAGAGAGUGUUACUGCCGGCCGCAAGCCAGAAGGAGCUUGCGGAACGCAAAGAAGAACAAAGAAAGUUUGGGGUAUUUUACGAUGAUGAUUACGAUUACCUACAGCAUUUGAGAGACAUCAGUGAAAUCAACAAGCUGCAGCCUGGAGAGUACAUCCGGGCGAAUGAUGGAGAGCUUGCUUCAGAUUCGGAGGUGGAAAUUCCACAAGGAGAACCCAGUCUUCAGCUACCGUCAUCAGUGUUUGCCUCAGAGGUGGAAACUGAAGUGGGUCUUCUCAAUAAAGCAGUGGCAGUAAAAGGGCCACAACCAGACUGGGAUCCUGACAUUGUAGCUGCACUCGAUGAAGACUUUGACUACAAUGAUCCUGACAAUCUGCUGGAGGAUGACUUCAUUCUGCAGGCCAAUGCUGGCAGUUUGGAUGCUGAGCCAGUGGAUGAGAACAUGGAUGGCAGGAGAAGACCCGACUUUGAUGAUGAUCAGUUGUUUGAUUCUGAUGAUGACUACGAGGAUGGAGAUGGGGAUGUGGCUUCUGAUGAGGCUGAUUUCUCAGGGGAUGAGCAGUACAGAGGACCCAUGGGGCUUGAUGGGGAGGAUCCAUUCGGUGAUAUGGAAACGAAGUCACGCUUCACCGAUUACUCGCUAAGCUCAUCUGUGAUGCAUCGGAACAAAGGACUGACGUUACUGGAUGACAGGUUUGAGAAGCUAUAUGAACAAUAUGACGACACAGAAAUCGGGGCCCUCGAUCACGAGGAUCUAGAGGGGGGUGUUGACCAGGGGAGUCAUCUGCUUAACACUAUACUGGAUCAGUUUGAAGACCAACAGAAACUUGUUGCAUUAAAAGAUGUGGUAGAGCCAGGGGAGACCAUCAAUGACAGUGGUGAAGACUCAGGCAUGGACGAUAAUGGUCUUGUUACGGUUGUCUUGGAAGAGCCGGACAAAAAAUGGGAUUGUGAAUCAAUAUUAAGUACUUACUCAAAUUUGUAUAAUCACCCCAGGUUGAUAGAUGAGCCAAAGAAGACCAAGAUAAAUUUGUCCUCCAAGUCUGGUUUACCCCUGGGUGUGUUACAACAACCUGGGUUAACACAGAAACAGAUAGAGAAAGACAGGCGACAGGCACUGGUAGCUGAUCGGGCGUCUACAUACAGACCCAAGGAUGAGACCACUGAGGAGAAAAAGUCACGGAAACAGGCGGUGAAAGCUGAGAGGAAGGAAAGAAGAGCUGAGAAGAAAGCCAACAAAAUCGCGUUUAAGGUGGAACAGAAGAGACAAGAGUCUGAAGUGCAGAAUUUACAGAAAAAUUUGCAAGGAGUGAAAAUAACGUGAUGCCUGUGAAUUGGCAAUCCAAUGGACAACCGGCAGAGUUAUGUAGCUUUACUGUGUAUGUUGCAAUACAUUGACUAGCAUGUAUCGUUGUGUUACUGUAUUGCCAUAUUUACAAAUAUAUGGAUUUGUAUUAAAUUAU